UGCAUGUUCUCCAUCGAGUUGAUCACUGCCGCGAUUUCGACCGUCCGCCGCCGGCUCCAGUUCCGUAGCCAUCCACCUCGCCAGCGGUUGGAUGAGUUGAUCUAGCUCCUCGCAGAAGCACGGCGGCACACUGCAGCAUGGCGCAGGCAGACACAAACAAGCUGAUGUGGAGGCGGCUCCCCGUUCGGCAUGUGCAUGGCGGCAGUUCUCCACGCCGUCACGCAGCACCGCAGUAGGGCACAACGGAGGGAGCGCUGCCACGCGCUCGCCGCGGCGGAGGACGACAUGUGUGGUGCUGCCGUGGGAGGCGGGGUGGAGUUGGGAUGAAAGGAGGAGAGUUGAUGUUGCCGAGGGCGGCUGCUACGCAUGGCCAUGCACGGCAAGGAUGCCGCUCUAGGCGUGACAAAAAAGCCAUGGGGCAGCUCCGACCAGCUGCUAAUGCCGACGCCGUCGUCCGAGGGAACCAUCCUCAAUCCGUCGCGUCGACGGAUUGCUCUACUGCAUCGGCUCGACUACUAGGCGCUUCGAUGACGUCCACGCUCCUCCACCGCCGGAUCCUGGCAUAGCCUACGACGGUGUCGGCGAUAACUACGACGUCGUCCAGCAGGAUGCAUGCGCCCCGCACCAGGUCCGGGGUCGUCGGGUGAGCGCGUCGCCGGCCACACACACACAUUCCAAAUGCUGAUGCUCGCGAACAAGAGUAAGGGCCCACAAGCACGUCGAGCUGCGCACGAGGAGAGAAACGUAGGAGGGAGGUACGCGGAUAAUGGUGGCAGCAGUGCACCUGUUCUUCCAGGAUGCAACUAUUCUUCGAGUGCAAUCGCGAGGAGCGUUCCACGACGCGUCUAUGGCAGAGUACACCAGCCAGGCGUGCACAAAGAGCAUCCCCGGGCACUACGUUAUCUACAGCGAGCUGCUGACCACGGGCGGAGCCGGCGCCAGCGCGAUGGUGGACAAAGAGACCCUCGACGCUCGCUGCUUGGAGAUGGAGGUGGCACUGAAUACCGUUUACAGGCAGAGCAGGGUGGCGGGUGGGUCCAUGGAGCCGGAGGAGCUGAUGGACUAGGCCUUCUCCCGCAGGGCCCCCCAUCAACCGAUACAAGGUGCCCCGGUGUGCUUGACAUUCCCGCCUGCCAUCGAGCUGCUUAGACUCGUGCGCGUGGUGUACUUUAGCUCCGGCCUGCCGUACUGGACCUGACUCACACCCAGCGCUUUGAGUUUUGACUGAAGAGAGAUCGUUGAACGAAAUACGACGUUUCCAUCUAAAUUCUCUUGCAUUUUUAGGGUAGCCUACUCUUUGUUUUUCAACAGGAUCCAUCGCUCCUUAGUACUACUCUCAAAACUAAGUGUAUGUGCUCAAGAAGCAGUGACACUUUUAGGCAAGCCUUUGCUUUUCAAUAUGAUCAGUGUAUACAAAUGGACACUCUCCAGACCUUAUGUUCAGAAUUCAGACUGAACAAUUUUUCAGAGUUGCAUGUUAUCGCAUGACCCCAGCGUUGAUGAGCUCGAAAAAACAUCACCAAACUUCAAUGACGUUUGGUAGUAGCUGGUUUUCAUU